AUGACCGCCCCAGCUUCCACUCAAGCCGCAACACUGCAGCGGUUCCUCUCCGCCUGGAAGAAAUGGGACGCCCAGGAAUGGAUCUCCACCUUCUCCGACGAUUUCCAACAAAUCACCCUCCCCCACAGCCUGAACAUGCCCGUCCGUACCCGCAAGGAAGUGGAGGUUGUUCUGCCUGCCCUCGUCGCGACGGUGAAGUCCUAUCAGCUGCAAAUCCACCACGUCAUCCAUGAUCCCGACAACAACAAGGCGGCGGUAUACGCGGCGUCGACGGGGACGCUUCCGUGGGGGGACUGGAACCUCGAGUACGCGGCUUUCCUGACGUUCACCGACGACGGAGGAAAAGUGGCCCGACUCGAGGAGAUGCUCGAUACCGCGUUUCUGCAAGAGUUUGGGCCGAGAUUCGGGAAGUACCUGGAGGAGAAUGGGGGGCCGGGGGCGGUCGCUGCGGGGGGGAAGUAG